CCUACCUAUUCAGUUUCUCUGGGAAAUGGGCUUCUUUUAUUGUUGUGUUGUCCUUUUCGCAAGUGAAUUCACUGGGGAAAAGUCAACGACGUCCUCUAGCUUUGAAGCCAACCAAGCGGGCAGCCCGGCUGCUUGCCUGUUGGUUCCACGCUUGUUCCUCUUCUUCUCCCUCCUUCUUCCCUGAGCGCGAAUCGUGGUUCUUGUCUUCUUUCAUGGCUAAUCCUCAUCUUCGCGCUCUACUACGGUGGCGCAAGUGGGCCAAGAAGGACUGGGCGAUAGCCGCCGUGGGCUUCACUCUCAUUGUCGUCUUUGCACUUUCUCUCAUCUCCGAUUCCCGGCGAAGGGUGAAUGGUUCCGUAACCAACCCCUCGUUCGGUCUAAGCCAAAAUGAUGAUCUCGUCGAUCUGACCCUUCUUCGAAAUGCUAAGGAUAGAGGCGCUUUUUGCUUGGAUGGGAGCUUGCCAGGAUACCAUUUCCAAAAGGGGUUUGGAUCCGGCUCUAACAAUUGGCUACUUCACAUUGAGGGAGGAGGUUGGUGUAAUACGAUGUCUUCGUGUUCUCAGCGAAAAAUGACUGCUUUGGGAUCCUCAAAAUAUAUGGAUAGACAAAUUCGUUUCUCGGGAAUCUUAAGCUCUGACCCUGCGCAGAAUCCUGAUUUCUUUAGCUGGAACAAGGUUAAGAUACGUUAUUGUGAUGGUGCGUCCCUCGCUGGUCAUCCAGAAAACGAGAUUAUGAAAGGAAAUAAAUUAUUCUUCAGAGGUCAGCUCAUAUGGGAAGCACUUAUUGAUGAACUCUUGUCAAUUGGCCUGUCUGAAGCCAAAGAGGCUCUGCUUUCAGGAUGCUCUGCUGGAGGAUUGGCAACUCUAAUACAUUGUGAUGCCUUUCGAGGACUUCUUCCAAGGGAAGCAACUGUAAAGUGUCUUGCUGAUGCGAGCUUCUUCCUUGAUGAGAAGGAUAUUCUUGGCAAUAACACCAUGAGAUCCUUCUAUCAUGAUGUUUUCCAGCUUCAGAGUGUUAUGAAGAGCUUGCACAGGGACUGCACUACUGCUAUGGAACCAUCUAGGUGUUUCUUUCCAGCCGAAAUUAUGAAAAGGCUACAGACUCCUGUGUUCCUAGUCCAGCCGGCUUAUGACUUCUGGCAGAUACAACAUGUUCUGGUACCAGAAGGGUCGGAUCCUCAAGGCCACUGGAAAAGAUGCAGAUUGAGCAUUUCCAAUUGUGAUACUGAUCAGAUGGAUAUUCUUCAAGGUUUCCGAAAUUCUUUUCUGAAGUCCUUGAGUGAAUUCCGCCCUCGAAGGGAGGUGGGACAGUUCAUAAAUUCUUGUUUUACUCAUUGCCAGACUUGGAUGUCUGAGACGUGGCAUUCAGCCAGUUCUCCUAAAAUAAACAAGAAGACCAUAGCUGUAGCGGUUGCUGACUGGUUUUUUGACAGAGAAGUGGUGAAACAAAUCGACUGCCCAUAUCCAUGCAAUCCCACUUGCCAUAAUAUGGAUUUCACUGCAAUAUACUAAAAUUUAGGACCUCGGUCUUCUUUGGCUAUUCUAUCUUGGAUUGGCUAUCUAG